CUUGUGAGGCAGAAAGCAGCACGGAUCAGAUGUGAAUGCUGAUAUAAGUAUAAGGUGUACAUUUUUCUUUGGCUCAUCAUCACUUAAAAAUAAGAAAAACAAAAGGAUCUGGAAAAUAUUUCUUUAUUUUCACAUAUUAAAUGAGGUGAAUGCAAUUUGCAUGGACAAGAGUCAGAAAAUCACUGGCAGUGUUGAAUCUUGAGGAAGACCGAGAAGCAGAGAAGCAAAUACUUUUCAGCUGCACUCUGUAACAGCGAAUUUGAAUUGAAAUAUGGAUGCCAUAGUAAAGAAAUCUCUAGCUGGCUGCAUAUCAGGGGUGAAGGAUGAAGCUGGUAAAAAGGGGAAGGCUGUUAGGAGGAAAAGUGCACCCUGCUGUUACUCCCACAUCACUUAUGACUCGUCCUGGAUCAGAGCCUACCAAGCAGAGCUACAGCGAGAAAGGAAACUGAGACAAGGCAUAUUAGCUCAGAAGAAAGUAGAGAGAACAGUUCUGAAGGUUCACUACAGGAACCCACACCAUUACACAAAGGCACCCCAGGACAGGAAGCACUUAAAAACCAAAGCCUCUUCAAAGAAAGAUGACUCUCUUUUUGGUGCCUUCCGGGGUUUAAGUCUGAAUAUAGACAACAGUGUCCGGUCCUUUAAACCUACAGCAGCGAGUGCAGAGCAGUGUAAAGUCAUGUAAUAAAGAAGCACAAAAUAAUCUGCAUCCAUUAUGUGCACAUAUCCUGCACCUGUUACAGCAACA